AUGAAAACCUACUCCAUUCUCAUAUUGAACAAAGCUGGUGGUCUCAUCUACCAGAACGAGAUCCAUCCAGGUCUUUCCAAACUCACAGCAAAUGACUACCUCGUCCUAGCAGGAACACUUCAUGGUGUACAUGCAAUAGGAUCCAAGCUAACAUCAACAAUAUCAACCAAACCAACCGAGGAUAUCUCCCAACACAAUGCCCAUAUUUUAUCUACCGGUAGGCAUAUGAGUCCGAAUUGCAACCGAACGGGGUUAAAGAGUGUCGAGACGGACUUGUUUAACUUGUACAUUUUUCAAAGCGUCAGUGGAUUAAAGUUUAUCUUGAUAACAGUGCCGAAUUUGGACCCAGUUGAAGUUCAGCGCACAGAGGAUUUGUUCAAGAGCUUGUACGUCACGUACUCGGAUUAUGUUAUGAAGAAUCCCUUUUAUUCUAUGGAUAUGCCAAUAAAAAGCCCCUUGUUUGAUGCAAAUGUUAAAGAUAUCCUACAUACGGUUUGA